GGCGAGCGGCGCGCUCCUGCACCCUGCUAGAAUUUGUGAUUUAUUAUUUUUUAUUUUAUGUUGAUUAUUGGUGUUAACAGUGGAACAUGAAGCGCGAGGCAGUACGUUGGUUGUUCCUAGCCCUGGCGGUGGCAGUCUCCGCAGAGAAGUGGAAGUUCCCGGACGGCGGCGCCUCAGUGAGGAUUGACACCAAGGUUCAGUUCGUCGAUGAAGAACGUCCUUCUUCAUCAGAAAGAAACUACAUCUCGAGUGACUUGGAAGCCGACGAUCCGGCGCCGUUCCAGCCGGCGCGGGACACGGCCGGCUUCUACAACCGGCCGGCCGACGCGCCGGGCCGGUACCCGGUCCGGGUCGAAACGCACGAGGCUUACAGAGCGCAGCCCCACCGUCAGUACUCCGACGGAACUCUGGACUCCAUGCUGCAAUGCAAGUGCGUCACAAACCCUGACUGCAGUCCAGGACACGACACUUCGAAGGUGUGCGGCCCGGGUAAAUAUUUGUGCUGCGCUAAACGCCCCGGCAACACAGCUUACCCUAAUCCAGAAUUCUUCAACGAAAUUAACGACGAGCGUCCCCAACUGUAUCCCGGGAAGGACAAGGUGGCGGGCCCGUUCCCUCCGCCGCCGAUCUCGGCCUACAGCCACGACCGGGACGCGGGCGUCCCGCAGCAGACGCCCGUCCUCAUCGGCCCCGGCGGGCCCGCGGGGGACCACGCGCCUAGCAGACCCAUCUUGGUGGGACCAGAUGGACCUACUGGAAUCAUCGGGCCAGGAGCUCUAAGACAAAACAAUCCAGGAGUGCUCGUCGGCCCGGACGGCCCUACAGGCGUUAUCGGUCCUAAUAAUCUCGACGAUAGAUAUACCGCUCCUUCGAGAGAUGUCGGAUCGAGCGAAUCUGCUCAGCGAGGCAUCCUCGUCGGUCCUGGUGGUCCGACUGGCAUCAUUGGGCCCGCGGGAUACGGCCGAAGACCAGUUUUGGUUGGCCCUGGAGGUCCCACAGGCAUUAUAGGGCCGUACGGGUAUGGAGGCGGCCAAAUGAGAAACCCAGGUUUAUUGGUCGGCCCAGGCGGUCCAACAGGUAUAAUAGGGCCAGGAAGACAGAUCCUUGUUGGGCCAGGAGGUCCCACGGGACACAUAGGACCUAGAAGGCCUUUCUACUACGCCGACCCCAGGCCGCGGUGUCCGAGACAUCGGAAUCGCAAGUCCAGGGUCCAGACAAGGCCGGGGGCUGUCGACACCACGGAAGAAACUUUUAAAAAGGACAGCGAUGUUUUCUGAAUAAAACAACUACAAG